AUGACACUGACGAAGUCGACGUAUCAGACGAUUCCGUUACUGACUCAUCGUUCACUUCUGAUUCUGCGAGUGACCGGGACGCAUCAAGUGACGAUGUUUCCAGUGAUGAUGAUAGUGAUAAAUCGGCGGCGGAGGAGAACUGAAUUGGAAAAUGGAGUUGAUGCCAGAAGACGAAAUACUUCCGUUACGCCUCCUAGAACACGAAGAAGACGACAGAGAAUUGUGAUUACAGAGGAGGAAGAGGAGGAGGUGGAGGAUGGCAAUCUUCCACUCCGUGAGUCGUCUGUGGCGAACUGUGAAUCCAGUCGAUCAACAUUUUUGCCAACCGAUUAUGCGGACGAUCAGCCAGGUCCAUCAAAUGUCAAAGCAGCUCCUUUGAAUGUCUCUGAAUUAAUUUCAUUCAUUGAUGACAAUGCAUCGAGCGUUUCUGAUUCCCCGUUUUCUGAACAGCCCUCAUCAGCUGCAUUCCCGGAUGACAGUGAUGAUGAAGCCAAAGUUGACUUUCCGCGAUGGAUGCGCCUAACUCAGCCUCUUCGCUUUCCAUAUGUGGCACAACUUGAGGACGAAGUGGUUUAUUUCCGGCAGGGGCACGAAUUUUAUUUGAAUGCUGUCGAAACGAGAGGUCUUUACUAUGUGACGCCUCGGCUUCGUCCUCUUGCACACCUCAAUGCCGAGGAAUUUUGCAUAGUUGAAGAG